AUGAAUAUCAAUUUCCGACAACAGCCUGAGCUUCAUAUGAACAAAGGAAAUGCCAGGCAAAGGUCAAAUGAGCCCGUGCAAAGAGCAGGAACUUAUUUUGUUUGUAGACACUCUCCACAUCCCAAAAAUGUAUGUCACAUUAAAGGAUUAAAUGACGUGCCUGUCUGCUUUGUACGAGACCGAGGAUACAAUGAAGGACAUUUCACCAUGCCAGGCCCAGCAUAUAGCCAGCCUUACAGGCCUGUUGGAACUCCAGCAGAUAAGAUUUUUCCCAAUAAUGCUUUGCCAAGCCUGAUACCAGAGGGAGUCGUAGCAAAUCUUCCACAUCUUACUAAGGAUGAAUUUGCAGAGCUAAGAAAUCAAGCAGGAAACACUCCUCUCUUAAGGAGAAAGGAUGAACCUCUGACAAAAUACUUAGGAGACCAUCCACCAAGUAGGACUUCUCAGGACCUCCAUCUUUUCCCUCUCCCGAGAAUGCAUCAUAAAGAAAACUUCAGGGAAAAUAUUAAUUAUGUUCCAAGCUAUCUGGAUCAAGAAAUAAAAGUCCUAGAAAAACUCUGUGACAUUUUACAGACAGAUACCCUUGGAGGGAUCCAAAAGUGGUUAUUAAAGGCAAAUGUGAAAGAGAAAGAGUUUGUAUCCAAUUUCAUACGCUCAGAUAUGACCGGCCGUGAUCUGUUGAACUAUAUGCCAACAGGCCAGAUUGAAAGUGAAGUUCCAAACAUUCAGGCUUUGCUGAGAGGGCAAAAAGGAACACCUAAUGAAGGUAGCCGUGUCAGGACUUCAAGCCAAGGAUCACUAGCCAGUAAAGGACCAAGACCAGAGUUCACAGCUGAUGUUUGA